AUGUCUGCUUACAUCCAAUGCCCCAAAGACCAAACAUGGGUCCAGCGCUAUGCUUUUAUUUUCCCUGACGCACUUCACUUGGGACAUACCGAACAUGCAUGCUUGCAUAUGGAGGAAAUCAAAGGAUUAAGCCAAGUUCAAGUAUCUCUUAUAUCAAGAGGGAGCACCAUUAUAUUGGUAGAGAGAACCUUCCCAGAGAAUCCUGUAUUCACCUGUCUUCCAAUGAAGGUCCCAAACGUACGUACAGAUGAUUCAGUGCAUAGACUUAUUUUUGAAAACGCAGAGUUGGAACUUACCAUUAAGAAUUCUGAGAAGAACAUACGUGAAAAACGACCAGUCAGCCUGAAGACAAAGAAAAGGGAUCCUGCUCCACAAAUCUUGAUCCAAACUGACAAAUCUGUAUACAAGCCUGGACAGACUGUGAAAUUUCGAAUUGUCUCACUGGAUGCAAACUUCAAACCUGCAGAUACUCAGCUUCCCAUAGUAGAAUUACAGGAUCCAGAAACCAACAGAAUUGGUCAAUGGUUGGAUGUGAAACUUAGGCAGGGAAUGACUGACCUAUCAUUUCCUCUCUCCUCUGAGCCCCAGUUGGGGGAAUAUGUUAUUGUGGCGAAGAAUACAAUCCACAAGUUCAGAGUGGAGGAAUAUGUGCUCCCAAGGUUUGAGGUCAUCUUUGAGCUCCCAAGGUUGCUCUUGAGCAACACAGAGACAUUCCCUGUUAAGAUAUGUGCCAGGUACACCUUUGGAAAGUCAGUUUCAGGCCAAUAUAAAGGCAGCUUGUGUCGGAGAAACAUGUUUGGCUAUGUCCCAUCAUUAACCCGAAAACAUGCCUGUGUUCAUUUCAAGGGAAAGCUGGACAAGCAGGGUUGUGCCAAGUUAACCAUGAAGUCUUAUAAUUUUUACCUUCAACACUCAACAUACAACAUGCAAAUGUCAAUACAGGGAAAGGCCACUGUCACAGAGGAGGGGACAGAUGGCAAUGGACGUGCUGCUUUUAUGCUGAACAAUACAGAAAAUUGGGUGGACAAAGUUGACUUAACAGCAUCCACCAUGGCAGAGAGUACCCCACACUUACCAUACUUCUAUGAUUUAAAUACCCCACAUGAUAUGAAUGGGCAUUUGACUCUCUUGCCCCUGUAUUCUGAUAGCAAGAGUUACCUCAGCCUGCAACCUGCAGGAGACAUUCUGUCAUGUGACCCAGAAGAGGAAGCCCAUGUGGAAUACAUCAUCAGACGCAUAGCACUGGAGGAGAAUACCAGUCCAUUGAUUCUACAUUACCUGGUCACUUCUAAGAACACCAUACUGACCUCCGGUUCUCAUGAUAUACCGAUAAUUGGUCCUAAUAAAGACCUGCAUGGGGAAGUGACCUUCAAGCUUCCUGUAGGAGCCACAGACUCUUCCACCUUUAAUGCCCUUGUGUUUAUUUUACUCCCCAAUGGAGAGAUAAUAGCCGAUUCAGUAAAAAUCAGGGACAAGAAAUGCUUCAAAAAUCAGGUGAAAGUCGGCUUUUCUCCAGAUGAGGUCCUCCCAGGAUCGGAUGUGUCUCUCCAGGUUCAGGCUGCUCCUGGCUCUCUCUGUGGUGUCAGGGUGGUGGAUCAGAGUGUCGUGUUGUUGAAACCAGACAAGGAGCUGACUGUCGAAAAAGUCGGUUCCUGUUGUGUCCGGUUCGUGGGCGAGUUGCACUGGCUCGACGUUCGCAACACUAGAACGCCGAGCAAAUGCAACUCGAGUCAUUUUAAGGAGGCGGAGAUCCCGGAGUGGGAGGAGUCAAGAGCGCCGGCCGACGCCUUGGUUCAUGCCCUCUUUUUUGAUGAUGAGUUUCCACUCUACCCAGCUUCUGGUGGCCUAACACUUGAGCCCCAUCAUUGUCUGAAUCGUCCUGGAGAGUAUCAUCAAUUUCCCUUUGAUAUUCUGAUAGCCGAGGAUGAAAUCUACAAACUUUUUAUGGACAUAAAUUUGAAUAUUAUCACAAGUGCUCCAACUAGAAAACCUUUGCUGUGCCCUGAUUCAUUGGGUUCGGAGCCAGAUGAUCCAGCUCUAAGAAAGCCAGAGGUUAUUAGGAAGUACUUCCCUGAGACCUGGAUAUGGGAACUGACUCCAGUUGGGGACUCUGGCAUUGCUGAGCUCCAUCGGCCAGUUCCAGACACCAUCACAGACUGGAAUGCGGGAGCUAUGUGUAUGGGACCCACUGGAUUUGGCUUAUCUCCCCCUGUGCCUCUCAGAGUCUUCCAGCCUUUCUUUGUGGAGCUUGCUCUUCCAUACUCUGUAGUUAGAGGAGAGUCAUUUACUCUAAAGGCUUCUGUGUUCAACUACUUGCAGCACUGUAUAAAGGUUCAAAUUGACCUUCUUCCUUCUUUGGAGCUGGAACAAGAACUGUGCUCCAAAUGUCAGUACAGCAGCUGCCUUUGCGCAGAGGAGAGCAAAACCUUCUACUGGAAUGUGACAGCCAGCAAGCUGGGGGAGGUGAAUAUCACAGUGAGGACAGAAGCAAUAAACACACCAGACAUGUGUAAUAAUGAGAUUCCUGUUGUUCCAAAGCAGGGAAAUACCGACACUAUCAUCAAGCCACUUAUUGUUAAGCCUGGUGGUGUCUUGGUGGAAAAGUCUCACAAUUUCAUGAUUUGCAUCCCAGUGGGACAAGCUCAGGCAACCCCAGAGGAGUUCUCCCUGAAGGUUCCGGAGGACAUUCUGAAGGAUUCAGAGAGAGCAUAUGUGACCCUUUUUGGAGAUAUGAUGGGUACAGCCAUGCAGAAUAUGGACCGGCUCUUGGCUAUGCCAUACGGGUGUGGAGAGCAGAACAUGGUCCUCUUUGCCCCGAACAUCUUUGUUCUGCAGUAUCUGGAAAAGACUCAUCAGCUGACUGAUGAGAUCAAGAGUAAAGCCACUGAGUUAAUGGAGCAAGGGUAUCAGAGGCAGCUUAACUACAAACAUGCAGAUGGAUCAUACAGUGCGUAUGGGAACAGCGAGGAUGGGAACACAUGGCUAACUGCCUUUGUGGUGAAGUCAUUUACCAAAGCCAAAAAACACAUCUACAUUGAUGAAACUCGCUUGAGUCAAUCCUUGUCUUGGUUGACGGGAAACCGCUACUAUACUGGCUGCUUCCGUAACGUUGGCAAGCUCUUCCAUUCUGCUCUAAAGGGUGGAGUGGAAGAUGAUGUGUCUCUGUCGGCAUAUGUGACCAUAGCACUGCUGGAGGCGGAUGUACCAAAAGAUAGUCUUGUUGUCAGGGGUUCAGUGAUUUGUCUGCAGCGGUUGGCAUUGAGCGUGACUAAUAUGUACACCCAAGCAUUGCUGGCCUAUGCAUUUACUUUAUACGGCGACUGGUACCACCGGCAGAUCAUGCUGAACAGACUGGAGCAAAGAGCUGUGAGAAGAAAUGGGGAGCUGUACUGGCAGCCAAGGCCCACAUCUCCUUCUGAUCCGUUCUGGCACCGGGCUCCCUCUACAGAGGUGGAACUGACAUCCUAUGUGCUCCUGGCUUUGCUCUCAGCAUCCCCUGUAGAUUUUGGGGGAGCUUCUCAAAUUGUCAAAUGGCUGAGCAAACAACAAAAUGCUUUUGGAGGAUUUUCAUCUACCCAGGACACAGUUGUGGCUCUUCAGGCUCUGGCCAAGUAUGCAGAGGCAGUGUAUAGCGGUACAAGAGAUGGGACAGUAACAAUUAGUUCCAAGGCUGGAUUUCUGGAGAAGUUCCAUGUGAACAACAAAAAUCGACUAGUUUUUCAGAAGACGACACUACCAGGCAACCCAGAAAACUAUACAGUGACCACCACGGGAAGUGGCUGUGUCUAUGUACAGACAGUCCUGAGAUACAAUCUUCCUGCAAGGAGGAGUCAUGCUGCCUUCAUGAUGACGCUGGAUGUGAAGUCAAUUCAGUGCACCAGAAACCUGCCAACACAACUUGAGCUCAACAUAGCAGUAGUAUACGUAGGUGCUCGUUUGAUGUCUAACAUGGCUAUUAUAGAUGUGAAUAUGUUGUCUGGUUUUACUGCAGUGAAAAGCUCCAUUGAACUGCUGAAGACGAAUAGAGUGAUAAGGAGAGCAGAGACCGGAGAUGACAGCCUAACCCUGUACCUGGAGGAGAUUGGACGUUCUCCUAUCAGAUUUGCACUGACAGUGGAACAAGAAUUUCCUGUGAUAAACCUUAAACCAACCACAGUGAAGGUGUAUGACUACUAUGAAACAAAUGAAUUUGCAAUUGUGGACUACCACUCACCCUGCACUUGGUGA